AGCGGUUCCAGCCAAUGGGCGCGCCGCUGUCCGUCCGCUCUUCAGCAGCCGGUCGGGGGCGGUGAAAGCGAGUGAGGAGAGCGCGACGGCGGCGUAGCCAUCGCUGAGGGGGAGAGCGAGGCCCAAGCUUCCGCGUCGAGGUGAGCGGCACGGGCUCCGUCUCAGGCUCGGCCGCGGCCCCUCCGCACCCGGCCGCCGUUUUGCGGGAGUCCUCGGCCGGGCUGCGUUGAGAUUUGGUGACUGAGGAAGGGACCCAGAGGCUCCUUGAACAACUAAGGCAAGUCAAAAUGGUUUCCAUCCCAGAAUACUAUGAAGGCAAGAAUAUCCUCCUCACAGGAGCCACUGGCUUCUUAGGGAAGGUGCUUCUGGAAAAGUUGCUGAGAUCUUGUCCCAAGGUGAAUUCAGUGUAUGUUUUGGUGAGGCAAAAAGCUGGACAAACACCCCAAGAGCGAGUAGAAGAAAUCCUCAGUGGCAAGCUUUUUGACAGGUUGAGAGAUGAAAAUCCAGAUUUUAGAGAGAAAAUUAUAGCAAUCAACAGUGAACUCACCCAACCUAAACUGGCUCUCAGUGAAGAAGAUAAGGAGAUCAUUAUUGAUUCUACAAAUGUCAUAUUCCACUGUGCAGCUACUGUAAGAUUUAAUGAAAAUUUAAGAGAUGCUGUUCAAUUAAAUGUGAUUGCUACACGACAGCUUAUUCUUCUUGCACAGCAAAUGAAGAAUCUGGAAGUGUUCAUGCAUGUCUCAACAGCGUAUGCCUACUGCAAUCGAAAGCAUAUUGAUGAAGUAGUUUAUCCACCCCCUGUAGACCCCAAGAAGCUGAUUGAUUCUUUAGAAUGGAUGGAUGAUGGCCUAGUAAAUGAUAUCACACCAAAAUUGAUAGGAGACAGACCUAAUACGUACAUAUACACUAAGGCAUUGGCAGAGUAUGUCGUGCAACAAGAAGGAGCAAAGCUAAAUGUUGCAAUUGUAAGGCCGUCGAUUGUUGGUGCCAGUUGGAAAGAACCUUUUCCAGGAUGGAUUGAUAACUUUAAUGGACCAAGUGGUCUCUUCAUUGCGGCAGGGAAAGGAAUUCUUCGAACUAUGCGUGCCUCCAACAAUGCCCUUGCAGAUCUUGUUCCUGUAGAUGUGGUUGUCAACACGAGCCUUGCUGCAGCCUGGUAUUCCGGAGUUAAUAGACCAAGAAACAUCAUGGUGUAUAAUUGUACAACAGGCAGCACUAAUCCUUUCCACUGGGGGGAAGUUGAAUACCAUGUAAUUUCCACUUUCAAGAGGAAUCCUCUCGAACAGGCCUUCAGACGGCCCAAUGUAAAUCUAACCUCCAAUCACCUUUUAUAUCAUUACUGGAUUGCUGUAAGCCAUAAGGCCCCAGCAUUCCUCUAUGAUAUCUACCUCAGGAUGACUGGAAGAAGCCCAAGGAUGAUGAAAACAAUCACUCGUCUUCACAAAGCCAUGGUAUUCCUUGAAUAUUUUACAAGUAACUCUUGGGUUUGGAAUACUGAUAAUGUCAAUAUGUUAAUGAACCAACUAAACCCUGAAGAUAAAAAGACCUUUAAUAUUGAUGUACGACAGUUACACUGGGCAGAAUAUAUAGAGAACUACUGCAUGGGGACUAAAAAAUACGUAUUGAAUGAAGAGAUGUCUGGGCUCCCUGCAGCUAGGAAGCAUCUGAACAAGUUGCGGAAUAUCCGUUAUGGUUUCAAUACAAUCCUUGUGAUACUUAUCUGGCGCAUUUUUAUUGCAAGAUCACAAAUGGCAAGAAACAUCUGGUACUUUGUGGUUAGUCUGUGUUACAAAUUUCUGUCAUACUUCCGAGCAUCCAGCACUAUGAGAUACUGAAGACCAAGAAUUUAGCAUUAGAACAUCUAUGCAUACGGUGAUCUAAAUGCACAAAAUGUAAAAUGUACUUAAGUCAUCUCACCUUUUGUUAAAGACAUUAAAUCAUCUUAAAUUGGAGUGUGGAGUAAAUUAUGGUCCAUUUUAUGUAACAUUUUAAUGUUUAUGCUCAAAACCUAGUGAAUACACUGUGGUAUGCCAGCUCAGAUCUGCAAUAGUCACUCAAAUUAUGAUUUAACAUUUUAAUCCUUGGAAUGCAAAGGGUAGGAAGUGGGCAGAAGUGGGGCUAUGGGAACAUUGACCAGUAUAACUGUGCAGUUACUGGAACAUACUAAUUAAAAUAUGCCUUAACAUGCAGUCCUAAUAUUCAGUGCAAUGGAAAAUGUCCAGACAGAAGGCCUAGAUAAAUUAGUUAAGUAUUUGAUUUGAUUCUUCAAUGUUGAUUUCUUUUUUCUUUUUAAAUCCUUUGAGAGGUGGGGUUUAGUUUUGCUAUGACCACAGCCAUGUAUUUUUUUUCUUCAUAUAAGUUACAGGUUGUAUCAAAUGCAAAAACUUGUUCUGAUUUUCUUUCUGAAUAAAUGUGUGUUGCAUAUCAUUUUUAUAAGUAAUUAGUUGCUCUUAUCAGAAGGCCAAAUACUAUUCUAAAGACACUAGUAGAUCUGAAUGAAUUUAAGGUUCUGUCUGUAUCAAUGUAUACUCUGUGCAUUUGAGCAAAAUGAAAACAUGCACAGUAAAGGAAACCAUUUUUCUAGUCUGCAUUUUGAUCAAAUGGAACUCUGGUGAUAUAUGUUUUCAUUUUGAAGAGGAUUUCUUGAGACUUUAUGAGAGGUGGGAUUGAGGAAGGAUUCAUUAUACUUAAACCUCUUCUCCCUUACAAAUUUUCCCACAGGACUUGCCCCAUAUGAACAUGCAUUAUUAUGAAGGAAUGUAGUUAUAGCUUUUAACAUUAAGAAAAUGCCCUCAUGUGUUUACCAACACAUACUAAUUUUGACCUUGAAAGCUGAAUUCCUUUAAAAAUGAAUAAUGCAUAAGUUUGUGUAUAAAAUUAAAUAAAGGAUUUUACCAUGUAAAGUAGCAAACUGUUGAAUGAGUUUCAAGUCAUCAUUUCUUUGCAUGUUGUUUUAGCUUUAGAAAGACAUGCGUUAUAGAAACAAGUGAUAGCAAGAAAUUGAUGUAUAUUUAUUGAUACAUUACAAUUCCCUUUAAAUCUUACUAGUUUGUUACUAUAUUAUUUUUUAAUGGCUUGUUCAGCAUAACACAGUUACAAUUAAGCUGAUCAAGUUGUACUACAUUUAAAUCAUCAGCAGUGUAUCUUGAAAGUGCUUAAAAGGUUAGUUCAUAGUACAAGAAAUUAAAUGUAACUUUACAUUUUAAUUUUUUGUCAAUUAAAAUACAAUGUAGAAGAAGUUUAUUUUACUAUUGUGGAAAACAAAAUGUAAAAGAAACCAACUUUUUCCGUACUGGUGUAUAAUCUUGAAAAGGAAAAAAAAAAUGCUUCUCUGUUGAAGCCAGACUUUGUGUAGUAAAACUUUUAAACAUUAUUUUAAAAGAAAUAUGUAUGUAAAUAUCUGUGUAUUCUUUGGAAUGAUUCUGAAGUCUCUGGUCUAGGACCAUGCCUCUAUAAGGUGUGAGAGACCGUGAUGGUAUGUGAGAAUGGAAUAAAUGAUGCCUUUGAUUUAAGGUGGCCCAUAUAAUAUACAUUGAGUACUCCAUGUCUCCAAAUGUAUUUCCAUGAUGUAAUGAAAACACACUAACCUUUUUAUGAUUUUUAUACAUCUGCCAAAAUAUACUGAGAAUCUGAUAAAUUGUCUUUGGGUCUCUGAAAAGAAUCAGGUGCAAUAUGGGCAGGCCUGUAAAGUGAAACAGAUACGUGUCUUCUGUUGUAUUGCUCUUGUAAUCUAAUUUAAAGAACUGCUAACUAAGGCUGUGCUGAGGUCAAAUUAAUUUUAUGUGUUUAGAAUUCUGUUGUCAAAAGAAAGGUAAUGAAUAAAUGAUGCUCAUCCUGGAAUUUAUAAUUUUGAAAUGAGUAUGGAGUAAAAUGUGAGAUUGUUGAGCUUUAUCAACUAUACUUUGGAUUCAAGUCAUAUUUAAAGAGUUUGGAGAUGUAUACUGUUUGUAAUUUGCUAGUCAGUGUUUUUAGUUCUGAUUAUAUUUUUCAUAUAGAUUAUUCAAUAGGACAACUUUGUAAAAUAAAUUUAUUUCAUUCACCUCAUUUGGCAAAACUGUAUUCUGAACCAUUUAGUUUUUCCCUUAUCUUUUCUUCUCGGAACUCUGGCAUACAUAUUUGUACACUGUAAUGUCAUUGUAACUGUUUAAUUGCCUUGGCAAUGCUAAUGUAUCUUAACGCUUAGUUCAGAAAAGCAUGACCAGGUCGUAUGUUGUUUGACUUAAGGGUGACUUAGAAUAAGUGUUUCUCCAGUCUGCCAGAUAAAGCUUGGUAGUGGGAGGGGACUCUGAUCUCUCUCCUUUGUGUUUGUCUAUAGGACCUGAUUGAGAAACUUUUGUUUCGUGUUUUUUUGUUUGUUUUAAGUGUAAACUGAUAAUCUUUUAUAAGAAGUAAAUAGAAACAUUAUUGGGUGCCUUUGUUUGUAAACCAAAAAGUAAUAAAUGAAUCCCUAUAUUUCUAUUAUAGCA